UGGCGUUGGAGACGGAGCUCUUCCUGUCCGACUGACCGACCGACGACUGACGACCCGGGCCCGAGCGACCAUGGUGAUCGGCGGGGCCCGCGGGCCGGCGCCGCGCUGGGCACUGCCCCUCGGCGGCUUGGCGCUGCUCCUGCUGCUCCUCCCGGCGGCCGCCGCCUAUUCAUCUCUCCCCGCAGCGUGCUCUCAGAACUCAAACAGAACCUGCGAAGAGUGCCUGAAAAAUGUCUCUUGUCUUUGGUGCAACACCAACAAGGCGUGUCUGGACUACCCAGUUAAAAAAAUUUUGCCACCCGGGUCUCUUUGUAAGUUGAGUUCUGCACGCUGGGGCGUUUGCUGGGUGAACUUUGAGGCGCUGAUCAUCACCAUGUCGGUGGUGGGAGGCGCCAUCCUCCUCGGCGUGGCCAUCUGCUGCUGCUGCUGCUGCAGACGGAAGAGGAGCCGCAAGCCCGACAAGAGCGAGGAGAAGGCUAUGCGGGAGCGCGAGGAGCGCAGGGUCCGCCAGGAGGAACGGAGAGCAGAGAUGAAGUCAAGACAUGAUGAAAUCAGGAAAAAAUACGGUUUGUUUAAAGAAGAAAACCCGUACGCCCGGUUUGAAAACAACUAAACACAGUCCGCAACUUGCCAGCAAUCCCAGAGCUUCCUGGCGAGGUGGGCCGCGCCUCCCAGCAGCUCAGCAACAGAACCUGCCACCCUCUACCACCCCGCACCCCAGGAGGGGUCGGCCAGCAAGGCCGCCCCGAGGACAAUCCCGGCCCCCCCUGCGGACUGAGCGCCCACUCCUCUCCCCUGUAUCUCUCUGUCUGGCCCCCGACACACUAAGCACGAUGUUUUCUGCCUGAGGAAGCCUGCAGGCCCCACUCCUGAGCCCUCAGUGAGUGUCGGCUGAGCGGGCCCGCAGCACCAACACCUGCUCCUUCUCCUUGUCGCAGCGCAGAAUUCUCACUCCUCUCUGCCCCAGGCAGCUUCGGACGGCAGGGGGGAGGAUGGUCUUCUACCCCAGCCACGAGGAGAACGCAGCAGUCGCCCGCUGCUUCUCCCACGCCAGGCCGGCAGCUUCUCUGUCUGCUCACGGUCCGGACACGUGUUUGUUCUGCCUGGACUUUGUUACAGCCCAGGACCCGCCUCACCUCUGAUCAAGAUGUUCUUCCUAACUUCGGCUAUGUUGAAUAGCAUCAAGGAAUGGUUAAAAUCAAUUGACACUUUUUUUCUUGGAAGUUUUUUUUUUUUUUGCACACCUAAAAGAUUUCACCAAAAAACUUAGAUG